AAGUGACCUCACCCGAACUUGGAUCCUCUCAGACUCCACAGCUUGCGGACUUUUCUUCCCAUUUGUUUCAGUGGGUAGCACGCCAUCCAGUAGACCGCCGGAGCACAGACAAACCAACGUGCCUUUGCUUACCACGGCAGCAAAUAGAGGAGUUUUAAAAAGAAAACAACGAGCGAGAGGGCGGUGCCGUCGUGCGUACCAGUUCUCACCUUCUCGGAGUUGGAGUAGGAGCUCCCCAUCGUUUCUCUAAUGGCCCCAUGUAUCCUUUGUUCUUUUAUAUAAGGGGAAGUGGGCAGUAAGAUAUUAAACAUCAUCUCCUGAGAUUGAUCUCCAGGUUUUCCUUUGGCCGUUCCCAUCUUCCUCUCUCUAUAUUCCUCAUUCUGUGCGGCAUCAUGUCUCGUGUUGGGCCCUUCGCCUUGCUCGUCUUCUGUCUCUCUCUUGUUACUCUCCUCUCUGUCUCCGCCGGCAGCGAGCAGGCCGUCGUCACCGUCGAUGUCCAAGCGGCGAAGGAUCUGUUGGCCUCCGGCUACCGCUUCCUUGACGUCAGGACCGAGAAAGAGUUUACAAAUGGACAUGUGGAGAAUGCUCUUAAUGUCCCUUUCUGGUUUUUCACAGCAGAAGGUAAAGAGGUAAAUCCUCGAUUUGUAGAGCAAGUUUCAGCUGUUUGCAGUAAGGACGACAAACUUGUCGUGGCAUGUCAAUGUGGGAUCAGAUCUUUGGAUGCAAGCAUUGAACUUCUUAAAGCUGGAUACAAGAAUGUGAGAAACAUGGAAGGCGGAUAUGGUUCUUGGCUCGGCAACGGAUUCAAUGUUGUGAAAUUGCCCAAGGAUGAGUUGUGAACGGAAAAAACAGGACGUUGCAACUCUCAGUAGGCUUAGAAAUGAAAUUUCCUGGCAUUUUAAUGUCGUUAUUAUGAAAUUUCUGUAUCUGAAAAUGGAACUUUUUGCGGAUAUGAGGUCUUUACGGGAGAUCUAUUGAACAUCUUUGUAAGAAAUAUCUGUUCUAUGAGAUAUAUUAUGAUUUAAUAAACAAGUUCGGCUCA